GGCUGCCACAGAGGCAUUGCAGACUGCGCGUUUGGGAGGUGUAGUGGAAGAAAGGCAAGAGAAACGGAGUAAAUGAGAGCACUUUUGUCCAGAUUGUUGAAGGACUUAUCAACUUAAUAUACGGCCGAAACUGCUCCUUGUAAUGAGACGGACACAGUGUUGAAUUCCUGCCCAGGUAAAAUGUCCGCGCUUCCUUCGCAUGGUUAACUACAAGAGGUCGACAGCUAGACUGGGUAACCACCAUUGAGAAGGCAGCUGCAAAGCCCAGGACCUUGUCUCCAGGCUCCUGCACAGGGCUGCGUGAAGGACACUUGGGAAACAAAGCUGCGUCUCCUCCAGUGGGAAACCUGGAUCCUCAACCCUGCCCACCAACAUGACCAAUGUGGUGAUCGUCAAGGAGGGAUGGCUGCAUAAAAGAGGAGAAUACAUCAAGACCUGGAGGCCGAGGUAUUUUCUCCUGAAGAGCGAUGGUACAUUCAUUGGCUACAAAGAGCGACCACAAGAUGUUGACCAGCUGGAAACUCCUCUAAAUAACUUCUCCGUAGCACAGUGCCAGCUGAUGAAGACAGAACGGCCCAAGUCCAACACAUUUAUCAUCCGCUGCCUGCAGUGGACCACUGUCAUCGAGCGCACCUUCCACGUGGAGACCCCUGAGGAGAGGGAAGAAUGGACCAAAGCCAUCGAGACGGUGGCAGAAGGUCUGCAGAAACAAGAGGAGGAGAUGAUGGAUUCCUCUCCAGACCCGAUGGAUAUGGAGGUCUACCUUACCAAACCUAGACACAAAGUGACUAUGCACGACUUUGAAUACCUCAAACUCCUGGGAAAGGGCACUUUCGGAAAAGUUAUCCUGGUAAAAGAAAAGGCCACAGGACGCUACUACGCCAUGAAGAUCCUAAAGAAGGAAGUGAUCGUAGCAAAAGAUGAAGUGGCGCACACACUCACAGAAAACAGAGUCCUCCAGAAUUCAAAGCAUCCUUUCUUGACGGGACUGAAAUACUCCUUCCAAACACACGACCGCCUGUGCUUUGUCAUGGAGUACGCCAACGGCGGCGAGCUUUUCUUCCAUCUGUCGAGAGACCGCGUGUUCUCCGAGGAGCGGGCACGGUUCUACGGUGCGGAGAUAGUGUCGGCGCUGGACUACCUUCACGCUGAAAGAAAUGUGGUCUAUCGAGACCUAAAGCUGGAAAACCUUAUGCUGGACAAAGACGGACACAUAAAGAUCACCGAUUUUGGCUUGUGCAAGGAGGGGAUCAAAGACGGCGCCACCAUGAAAACGUUCUGCGGGACGCCGGAGUACCUCGCACCUGAGGUGCUAGAGGACAACGACUACGGCCGCGCUGUGGAUUGGUGGGGUCUGGGAGUCGUGAUGUACGAGAUGAUGUGCGGCAGACUCCCGUUCUACAACAAGGACCACGAGAAGCUGUUUGAGCUCAUUCUGAUGGAGGAAAUCCGCUUUCCUCGGACACUUGGGCCCGAAGCUCGCUCACUGCUCUCUGGACUUCUCAAGAAGGAGCCAAUGCAGAGGUUAGGUGGAGGUCCUGACGACGCCAAGGAAAUAAUGCAGCACAAGUUCUUUGCGGGAAUUGAAUGGCAGGAUGUUUAUGAAAAGAAGCUGGUCCCGCCGUUUAAGCCCCAAGUUACCUCGGAGACAGACACGCGAUAUUUUGACGAGGAGUUCACAGCACAGACCAUCACCAUUACACCACCUGGACAAGAUGACAGUAUGGAGUCCUUCGACAGUGAGCGGAGACCCCACUUCCCCCAGUUCUCCUACUCUGCCAGUGGGACGGCCUAAAGCGACUCUCAAACCUUCCUCUGGUCUCACUAUUCCCCCCACCCCUCCCACCUGACUGCACUCUCAAAAACACAUAAAAAAAAAAAAGUGGCCAGGUCUCUCCCAGCGUUUGUCUGCAGACGCCCGUCGAUGGAUGCAACAUUUACAAUCUGAAAUAUUUGAGUCGUUUAACAGGAGGAGGGAGAGAGAGAGGAUGAAACAAAGAUAUCUGUGGUUGUUCUGUGUGGCCUUUAAAGACUGACCACAGAGAGAGAGAGUGAGUUAACACUAUACCCUGCAUUUCCUGGUUGUUAUGUUGUAUACAGAGCAGGCAUCCAUACACCAUAAUGAGUGGGGAAAUGUAGCUAUGCUGUGCACAAAUUAGGCCUCUGCUAUUCUUUUUUUUUUUUUCGAAAAGGGCCAUUUUUGUAUUGAACAUAUACAAUUAAAAACAGUUUUAAAUAGAAAUGGGCAUACUGUGGACCAAAAACAUCAUGUGAGCAGAGUGUGUGUGUGUAUGUGUGUGUAUGUGUGUGCGCGUGUGAGAGAGAACCAUAUUUUCCUCCAUUUGAUUUCUGAACAAUUCAAACACCAUCAAGACCAACGACAUUUCUGACUUCGAACCUGAACGUGAAUGUACCGUGUGUUAAAUAAAUUUUUUUUCUUCUGCACACUUUGCGUGUGUGUGAAACAUGGCUGACCCCCCCUCACCCAGACUGAAAUGCCAUCUUCCUUCAGAGGAUGUUUAUCACUCUUCUUCUUCUUCUUCUUCUUCACUCUGCUGACUAACACUUCCACCGGUCGCUCUGUCGGCGUCGCCGUGCCGCACCUCGAUGGGUUUUCAUAAAUCAAUUGUGCAAUACAGACGGAAUUGAGGAAUGACAGACAUGCAUAGAGCGCAGAGUGAUUAAUCAUUAAGGUUAAAAAAAACAAAACAUGGAUUCCUUUUAUUACAGUUUGCACAUUGGAGUCUCUGCCCAGUUUCCUGUUCAGGAACAUAACUCGACCCCCACAGUCCUCCUUGAAGAAAGUGCUUAUAGUUCCCGAUGCCUUUAUUCCUCCAUAUUCUGCUGCAGCCACCACCUGGUUUUCCCUCUGAUCGGGGUCAUGCAGUGCUGACCCAUCAGAAACUCUUCUCUCCUCUGGGUUUUUUUCCUCCUUGUACAGUACAGUAUUGGGUGUUUUCCACCUAGUGCAUUCACUGCAGCCUCAGUGAGGUCACGUAAACAUACUACACUUCUUUCUUCUUCUUUUUUUUUUUUUUUUAGGAAUACUUUGCAAACUGGGCUUUUGGAUAAAACACACACACACAGAGUCAUCUUUAAGUUACUUCUUUUGGGGGAGAAUUGAUGUCCCCCCCCUUCAAGAGCUUCAUGAGUUAUUUAUAUGAGACCAGCAAUGACUAAAAUGAGUUUUACUGUGCCAAUGAUAUGCACUUUGCUGCCCCAAAAUGAUUGUAUUUGAACUCUUAUUUGUGCUUUAUGGUUGGUUAAAGACUAAAUUAGCUUCUUUUUUUUAUAAUGUAAAUUGAAAUGUGGAUACAAAUAAAACAAGAACUUUGUUUUGUUUGAAUGAAUUUUCUCCCCUUUUUAUAGAUUACGGCCGAGGCUAAACUGAGACAACUGAGAAAGUUUUUGUUUGUUUGUUUUUUUUUUUCUUUUUUCUCUUCAAAGUGUUCAGAAAAGUUUCCAAAUGUGCUUCAGUAUUUUUAAGAAGACGGAUAAUCAUUAUUUUUUUUCAAAAGUGCAUCGUGCGUUAUUGAAUGUAUUGGUUUUUACGAUUUAUGUGUUCACUUCAAUCAUUUUGCAAACAUCCUCUGUUUUUUUUGUUUCUUUCUUCAAUCUGAUUGUUACUUAUUCCUAUGCACACUUACCUUUUUGCUGUCACAUUUUGAAAAUAGGGAAAAAAUGCAUUUUAUACUUUUUAAUUUCAACUUUUUUUUUGUACCUGCCCUUCCAUUUUCCUGAGACUGAGGACACCAGCUUUAGUAAACAAAUAAUAUAAACUUUGUACACUGUUUUUACUUGUCUUGUUCAAAAAUGAUGAAAUAAAAGGUCUUAACAUUAA